AUGGACCUUGCAGAUCAAGGAAACAUAGCUGCUUCGCUACUCAAUGUGCCGUUUGGCCAGAGGUGGGAGCUUCUCAGACCUGUGAUCGAACGAUUGUACGUCGAAGAAGGUAGAAAACUUCCUGAGAUCUUGACGAGGGUUAAAGAUCAGUACGGGUUCAGUGCUGCUCAAUCCCAAUACAAAUACCAGAUCAAAAAAUGGAAGCUCAAGAAGAAUACACCAGCAAUGAAGAAGGAAGCAAUGUUUCGUGUUGUUAAGGCAAGGGCAAAAGAAGGGAAGUCUUCUGUCUUGACCCGUGGAGGUGAAAACAUCGAUACGAAAAACUUUGUUCGGUAUUUCAAAUCUCAAACCCGGAAUGAGCUCAGAUUACGACCAGCUGCACACAAAGAGCAUGCAGAUCUGCAAUGGACUUCGGUCCAUUUCAAUCAUCAAUUUGGUGACAGGAUGUGA